GUUGAAGGAGAUCGAUGGAAAAAGCUCAAGACAGAAUGGCCCAGAAACUCAAGCAGCCAUAUGCAGAAAGUGAAGCUAGUUAGUGUGCCAAGCAAUAGGCUAGUUUUCAACACUGUAACAGUGAGGUGUGGCCACUGCUCAUAUUUGCUUUCUGUGCAUUUGGAGUCAUUGCAGCAAACUCUACCUCUGCAUGAUCUCCAGGCCUAUGGCGUUGAACCUCAAGGAAAUUGGAUGGAGUGUGGCUCAUCAUCAUCAGAGUGCAAUCAGAUGCGGCAUGAUCAAGGACAAACUAAACUUAUUCGUCCUCCUCCUGAAAAGAGACAACGGGUUCCUUCUGCAUAUAACAGAUUUAUCAGGGAAGAAAUUCAAAGGAUAAAGGCAAACAAUCCAAGGAUUAGCCACAAGGAAGCUUUCAGUUCAGCAGCAAAAAAUUGGGCACACUUCCCUAGUAUUCAUAUGGAGCCAAACCUUGACGAGAACAAGGAGUGAGGAUUGAUGGAGAGAAUAAGUUUAGUAUGGAUUAAAUCUUGAAUAAAUGGAGAUAAUUAAAUGGAUCGAGUUAUUGUAUUGUUGAAGUGUGAAGCAAGAACAUUAAUUUAUUGUACUUCAAUAGUUUGUAUGGAUGUCUCUCUAAUAUAGAUACAAUG